UAUAAAUAUGAUGUAUAAUUGUAAGGACCAAAAUGCAAAUAAAAAGAUGAAACUUCAAAUUUGAAGUUUUGAAAAGUGAAACUCUAUAUUUGGAGUUUCACUCUUUAAAACUUCAAAUUUGAAGUUUUGAAGUUCCUUUUUGGAGAGCAAAAAACUCUAUAUUUGGAGUUAUAGAGUUUCUUUUGGAGAUGCUCUAAACUUUUAAAUUCAUCAGAGUAACUAAUCAGUUUUAGUUUAUGUUUAGUAUUGUUUUCAAAUCUAGUUCAGUUCGGUUCUUUGGAUUCAGAUGUUUUACCCAUACAUAUUUUCUUUUACUAAUAUAAUGUAAAAUAAUUAUUCUCGGUUUAUUGAACAUACAUAAUUAUUGAUUAUACUUUAAAAAUACCAAUAAAAAUGGUUGAGAAUCGUGUCAAUAUUUGUGGGCAUGUUCUAAAAUGGACGUAGUCUAAAACCAAUAACCUGUAUGUUCUUAUAAUGUGAUCUCUUCACCCAACACUUGAAUUCUGUUUUUUAGUCGAUUUUACGAAUUUUAUUUUCUUUUAAAACUUUUCUGAUUUCUGAUUUUUUUUCUUCCAAUCUGAUUAUGUUUUUAAUUUUUUGUCUGAUUUGAAAACUCCGUAAAAAAAAAAUAUUUGGCUUAAUUAUCCAACUUUGUGUGUGGUAUUUUUUACCUCAGUCUAAUUAAUUCAUAACCAAUCACAAUUAUUUAUUGCAUUCGUGUACAGAAGCCUCAACCAUAGCUAAGUUCAGCAAGAUACAAAAUUUUCAAUUCUAAAAACAUUCACAUUCAAUCAUUUAUGAAUCUUAAUCAUUUUUAAUUUAUUUCUUUCAAAAUGAUAUUAUUCAUUAGUUGUACGGAGAGAACUUCAGUUCACUAAUACAAAUGUUAAAAAUGCAAGAACUGAAAAGUGAGUUUAUUAAAAAAAAAUUAGUGUGAACACAUUAAAUUGUUUGCGGUAGAAUUAAAAAAUUAGUAUGUGAACGCAUUAAUUGUUAAAUGAUUGUGAGACUGAAAAGUCAACAUACUUAAAUUGAAAUCAAUGUGAAGUUGACAUGUGUUCAAUAUAGUGUGAAAGCAUUAAAUGACAAUGCUUUUCUUUUAAUAUAUAGAGAAUUUUUAUUAAAAUGAUUAAGCUAGCGUAAAAGAAAAAACUAAGUUUUGUGAUGACUAAGACUAUUUCGGAGGCAUUGUACAUGUUUGGAGGAAUUUCUGUGUCAACAAAUCUAGGACAAAGUUUGAAUAUAAUUUUAUAAAUUCUGUUUCAAUAUCAGAAUCACGUAAAAAAAAUGCUCCCGACAAAGACGGAAACGGCGAUGCUUAUGGCGAUUUAGGGCUUCAAUGGUUUCGCGACGGUGGGAACCAGGUAUUUGGUGACGGAGGCUUGAUUGGGGCAGACAAGGAUCAUGGAUAUAUGGAAUGGAGAUCUAUUUCAAAUCUCAGAGGUAUUGCGAUGGGGAUGGGAAAGAGGUUUUCAAAGGGAUUAAGGGAACAAAAUAUCAGAAAGGAUCAGACUUUGAUCAUCAUCAAGAUCAAAUCGCAAGGCUAUCAAGGUAGCUGGAGAGUUUGAUCGUACCAAACGGGGUGAAGCUGGUGAGUUCGGAUCAAGGUGCAAACUUUGUUUUAAGGAUUAUUGAGAGUAAGGAGAGAAGCGGUGAGGGAUACAAAUGGGGAACCUAUGACUUUGAAUCACUGGAACGAGAUCAAGCUAGGGGAGAACGAAGUCUGAAUGCUGUCUCUUUAAACACAUUCAGCUUCUUUAACAACAGGCUUUCUCUUCUGCUGCAACUAGAAUUUUGCUGGUUACUUGGGAAAGAGGCUGAUCUAGUGCAAACACUGAUUAUUGGGAUUAGAAUCUUCAUGGCAUUGAGCGGGGUAGCGGGGAGCUUCAUAGGUCGUAGGGUGAUCGACAUAUUAACAAAGAAUUCAAGUCGGAGAUCCUUGAUUCAAAGUCAUCAAACUUCAAAGAGCAGAGGUUUUUGGGAUGAGUUAUAUGGAUGGAGGAAGACAGAGAGUUCACGGUUUUCAAUUAUAGAAAAAAUAUCAAAUGAUUUGAGUGGUGCAACUGGUUUGUUUGUUAUUAUAUUGAUUGAGCUGUGGUGUCCUAUAGAGUUUGACUUAUUUCAAAGAUCACGUUUUGGGAUACGAGGUUGUUUGGAUUGGAGGUCAUGUGGUUUUAAUGUUCAGAUUAGUGUAAAGAUUCGUCUUUUCCUAAUUUUGUUGAUAGUAGCAAGGGCUAAGUUUUUUCCUUUGUGUCAGUUUCUUGUACGUUAUGUGUUCUCUGUAAAGAACGAUAAUGGUAAAUUUUGGAAAAAUGAAUUUUUAAAGUUUUCUUGGAAUAUAAUGCAAUAGUUCAGGGCACAAAAGAAGGAUAUUAGGUGGAGUGUGAUAAUAGGGUACCAUUACACCCGCCGAUUUGGCUCUUCGGAGCGAAUGAAGAACAAAUUUUUUAUAUGAGGAUAUUAAGUUGGAAUUGCCGAGGAAUGGGCAGUAAGUGGACUAUAAGUUAUUUAAGCAAGAUAAGACAUAAACAUAAACCGAACUUUCUAUUUUUCUCAGAAACAAAACAGGAAUCAGAUUUUGUCCAAAAGUUUCAGGCGCACUUUGGUCAUGAUAAUUUGGUCACAGUGGAUCCAGUGGGAAGAAGUGGGGGAUUAGCGCUUUUUUACAAUAAUGAGUAUUAGGUGAAGGUAUUAUAUUCUAGUAACCGAAUGAUUGAUGUGGAAGCAGAGGCUCUAGGCAAGAAGGUGUAUCUUACUUUUGUAUAUGGGGACCCAGUUCAAGAAAUGAGGGAACAAGUAUGGAGCGCUUAACUAGAUAUGGUCUGACGAGAUCCGAACCUUGGUUCAUUAUUGGUGAUCUAAAUGAGAUUCGUGGAAAUAAUGAAAAAGACGGAGGAUCUAUAUGGAGUGCAGAUUCAUUUAUUCCUUUUAAUAAUAUGAUACGAAAUAGUAGUUUAUUGGAAUUUCCGGCUCGGAGAAAUAAAUUGUCAUGGCAAGGAAGAAGAGGAAAAGGGAAAGGGGCAGUGAUGGUUCGCUGUCGUUUAGAUCGCGCUUUAGCAAAUGAAAAGUGGCAUACGUUAUUUCUUUGCUCUUUUACAAAGUAUCUGGGAAUGGUGGCCUCUGAUCAUCGACCGGUGGUGGCUUAUCUAGACGACAAAGUUCUCAGGAGGAAAGGACGAUUUCGGUUCGAUAAAAGAUGGAUUGGACAAGAGGGCCUACUGGAUUCGAUUACAAUGGGUUGGGCAGACUCCAACGAAGGAGGAGUGGAAGGGAGAACAUGGGGUAUUGUGGAAAAAAUUAGCAAUUGUCGUCAUGAAAUUGCUAAAUGGCGGAAAAAUAAUCCACCUUAUGGGAAAGAAAAAAUAAAUGAGUUACAACAAGCACUGGAAGAAGUACAAACAGAUAAUACCAGGUCACAAAAGGAUAUUUUGGAGGUGUCUAGGAAAUUACAAGAGGCAUAUAAGGAUGAAGAAAACUACUGGCAUCAAAAAAGUAAGAAUGUGUGGUACUCAUCUCGGGAUCUUAACACAAAAUUUUAUCACGCUUUAACUAAGCAAAGACGGGUUCGUAAUAGGAUUGUGGGUUUACAUGAUGUUGAUGGGAAUUGGAUUACCGAGGAUAAUGGUGUGGAAAAGGUGGCAAUAGAUUAUUUCAAAAAUCUUUUUAGUACAACCUCCCCAUCGGAAUUUGAUAGUUUUAUGGCAGAGGUUACACCUGGAAUUACUCUUCAGAUGAAUCAACGAUUAUUGAGGCUAGUGACAGAGGAGGAGGUCAGAGAGGCUUUGUUUAUGAUGCAUCCUGAAAAGGCAUCAGGACCGGACGACAUGACCGCCCUUUUUUCCAACACUCCUGGCAUAUUAUUAAGAAUGAUUUGGUUGAAAUGGUCAACAAUUUUUUGGUUUCGGGAGAAAUGGAUGCAAGAUUAAAUAUUACUAAUAUUUGUAUGAUCCCAAAGACGGAGAGACCCACAAGGAUGACGGAGCUGCGACCAAUCAAUCUAUGUAAUGUGGGAUAUAAAAUUAUCUCGAAGGUUUUGUGCCAGCGGUUGAAAAUUUAUCUUCCCUUACUUAUAUCCGAAACUCAAUCGGCAUUCGUGGCAGGACGGUUAAUCUCGGAUAAUAUUCUCAUCGCUCAAGAAAUAUUUCACGGACUACGGACCAAUAAAGCAUGUCAAGGAAAGUAUAUGGCAAUUAAAACGGACAUGAGCAAAGCAUACGAUAGGGUGGAAUGGGACUUUAUUAGGGCCUUACUGCAGAAAAUGUGAUUUGAUCUUCAUUGGAUCAAAUUGAUGAUGAAAUGUAUUUCCUCGGUUCAGUAUCGGAUUCUUGUAAAUGGUCAACCAUGUGGCCUCAUUGUUCCAAAUAGAGGCUUACAAGGAGAACCUUUAUCACCAUAUUUAUUUAUUCUCUGCACUGAGGCGUUGAUUACAAAUAUAAAAAAGGCAGAGAGAGGGAAACAACUAACAUGAAUGAAAGUGGCAAGAGCUUGCCCACCGAUAUCUCAUUUGCUUUUUGCAGAUGAUAGUCUAUUCUUCUGCAAAGCUCAAAAGGAAGAGUGUCAAACUAUUCUCAGGAUUUUAAAGGAAUAUGAAGUAGUUUCAGGGCAGCUAAUAAAUUUUGAUAAGUCCUCAAUUCAAUUUGGACAUAAGAUCGACGAACCCGUCAGACAUGAAUUAAGGGAUAUUUUGGGCAUUCAGAAUCUUGGAGGAAUGGGAUUCUACCUUGGUUUACCAGAAAAUUUGGGGGGUUCAAAGAUCCAAGUUUUUAGCUUUGUCCAAGAUCGAUUAAAAAAUAGAGUUAAUGGGUGGACUUUCAAUUUUUUCACAAAAGGCAGAAAGGAAGUGAUCAUUAAAUCAGUGAUCACAACUUUACCAAAUCAUACAAUGUCUUACUAUCGAUUACCUAAGGCAACUGUGAAAAAAUUGACGAGCGCGGUCUCAUAAUUCUGGUGGAGUCCAGGAGGAAGUACAAGGGGUAUGCAUUGGAAAUCAUGGGACAAGGUAUGUGUAGACAAGGACGAGGGCGGUUUGGGAUUUAAAGACAUCACUGAUUUCAAUACAGCGAUGCUUGGUAAACAGUUUUGGCGUCUGGUAGAGAAGCCAAACACUUUAUUUUCUCGUGUUUUCAAAGGGCAGUAUUUCAGAAAUGCUUCACCUUUGGAACCGAUCCAUUCAUACUCUCCGUCAUAUGGCUGGCGGAGUAUUGUUUCUGCUAGAUCUUUGGUAAGCAAAAGACUAAUUAAACGGGUGGGAUCAGGUUCUUCUAUUUCUGUAUGGAUUGACCCAUGGCUCCCAACCACUCGCCCGAGACCCGCAAAUAAAAAUCAACAUAAUUUAUACCCGGAUCUUAAAGUAGAGUCUCUCAUAGACUCUACCUCACACACUUGGAAUUCACAGGCAAUUCGGGCUUUGGUAGAUCCAAUAGAUGCAAAACUUAUAGAAAGCAUACCACUGAGCAGGACUCAGAGGAUAGAUAGAGAUGGAUGGCACUUCACAAAUAACAGAAAAUAUACGGUCAAAUCAGGAUAUCAUGUAGAACAGAUUUAUCCAGAUAGAGAAAGGCCACCAUUAUUAAUUGGUCCCACGGUAGAAGUUAUGAAGGCUCACUGCUGGAAAAUACGUUGCCCACCAAAGUUAAAACAUUUUCUAUGGCAAUUAGUAACAUGAUGUAUAGCAGUGAAGAAGAAUUUACAGGCAAGAGGAAUACAAUGGGAUAUUUGUUGUGGAAGAUGUGGAGCCCACGAGGAAUCCAUAAAUCAUGUGUUUUUUGAAUGCCCUCCAGCAAUUCAGGUUUGGGCUCUAUCGAAGAUACCAUCAAAUCUAACUAUCUUUCCGACAAGUGCUCUCUUCACAAAUAUGGAUCAUCUGUUCUGGAGAGUUAUUCCACAGAUGGAAGAGCAUCAGUUUGCAUGGAUACUAUGGUAUAUCUGGAAAGCUAGGAAUAAUAAAGUUUUCAGUAAUUUGGAUAUUGAUCCUUUUGAUACGCUUAAGUUGGCAGAAACAUAAUCAACACUGUGGGCUGAGGCACAGAUUUUGAAAGAGCAGAGGACAAUACCACAAAUACUAGAUACGACCUUGCCGUCAAUUCCAGGAAGAUGGUGUUUUGUGGAUGGCUCAUGGAAAGAGAGUGAUACUUUUUCAGGACAAGGUUGGUACAGGACUUUAGAAGGAUUUGAUGGAUUAUUGGGGGCAAAGAAUGUUUGGGCUACUCUCUCUCCCCUUCAUGCGGAGAUGGAAACGCUACUCUGGGCAAUGGUAUGCAUGAGGAAUUUACGUCAAUUUCAGGUUACGUUUGCAACGGAUUGUUCUCAAUUGGUGAAGAUGGUUUCGGAACUAGAAGAAUGUCCAGCUUUUGCAACUUAUUUGGACGAUGUCAAGAUCCUGAAAGAGAGUUUCACCCGAUCAGAGAUUAUCUAUGUACCACAGACGUAAAAUAUAAAGGCGUAAAGACUAGCACGCAGUGUUAGGAAGCAGCCGUCUUUCGUCGUUCACAUGGAUACGGAUCACCCGGUUUGGUUUACAGAGUCAGAAUGAGUUUGUAAAAGUCGAUGACAAAAAAAAAAAUUCUGUUUCAAAAUAAAAAAUAUUCAAAAUUGCUUGUCAUCGCUCAAAAAUCUGUUUUGAUGCAAGAUUUUUACAUCUUUUUAAAAAUAUAUUUAGCACUCUUGCAAUAAUUUCGUAAAAGAAAAUUUUAUUUAGAAUCGUUUUCAGAUUUUUGAAUGCACAAAACUAUAUUUUUUUUUUGGUUAUUAGAAUAGUUCUUUUGGGUAUCGCUCUAAUGUGACGAUGUAAACAGUACAACAUUUUACGGCAAUCUAUAUACUUUUCUUCAAGAAUACUUCCAUAUCUUACAUUUGAAACAUUUGUUUCUAUAUUGAUAUACGAUAUGCAGACAAGAUAUUGUAAGACCUGUUUUUUAAUCUUUUAAACUAUUUCACUAUGCUCUUUUGUCCAAAGAAUUUAAUUUUUAUUUAGACGACUGUGUAAAAGUUUAAAUGUGUAAAACUUUAGCUAUUGCAUGCAUUUAUAUCAGGUCAGAAAUUUUAAACAUAAAUGAAAUUUUAAAAUAAUAUUUAUAAAUUAGUUUUAUCAAUAAUUUUUUAUGAAACUUUUAUUUUGAAAAUUUUAAAUAUCUUUCAAUAGGUGUCAUCACACCUUGUAAUAUGUUUGGAAUUUGUUCUUAGUUUGGAAUAUUGAUAUCACUCAAAUUAUCUUAAAGAGUGACUUUUACUCUCUCAAAUAAAAUGCUCAAUUGUAGUACUUAGAGAUCGAAUCCACAGAGACUCUAGGAUUAUAUAAUAGAUUUGGAGUUUUUGAAUUAAAGCUAGAUGGUUAUGAAUAAAGCAGUAAAUGAAGCUAAGGUUGAGUGAACCAGGUAAUUGUUCAGUUGAUUGAUUUUAGGUUGUAAGCAAUUAAAUAUGAAUAUCUAGAUUCAUAUGACUUCUCACGUGUGACAAGUAUGCUUUCUGUGAAUUAUUAGGAAUUUAUAAAUGUUAUUUGUUUUUGAACUCGAACUUAAGUUAUAAUCUAUCAACUUACGUUUCUUUAGAUUAUCUAAUGUCUAGAUCUCAGAUUUCAACUUUCGUUUGUUAAUCAGGAGAAAGUGUCGAUCGAUGGUUCCAUACGAAUAUCGAUCGAUACACCUUUCAAAACGUCGAUCGAUACAACAGUCGUUAUGUCAAUUGAUGUUUAUUCUAGCAAGCAUUACGAGUGGGUUUGAUAGGUUCUCUAAUCUCCUAGACCAACCUUCGUGUGUAUCCAGUUAAUUAGAUAACACUAGUUUAGAUUCAGGUAACAGACCAAACUUCUGCGUGCGCCAAUUAAUCCUAAGAUCUAAGUUCAGGGUGAUGAAGCAUAGACUUUGCAGUAAGAACAACUAGAUGAAGAACUAUUUAAGUUUCCUAACAAAUAUUCAUUUCAGCAAUAUAUAAAUCAACAAUUGAAGAACCCUAAAUCUAACAGUAAGACUACUCAGGCAUAUUCAUAAAGAACAUUAUGAUGGUCUGAAUAAUACUUAAUAAAGUAAAGAAGAAAAGCAAACAAAGUAGAGUAAUAGACAAAGAAAUUUAAGAUCUUCUAUGUUAUGAAGUUCAGAUCUAUCUUUUCAAUCUUAAGCUCUCUUCUUCUAACUUCUAAGUGUAGAGAUGUGUGCCUUCAAAAGUAUCUCUCUCUAAAAGUUUGUGUCUAGAUAAAACAUAAAAAAACCCUAAUAAAUAGUCUAACAGGCGGUCAUGGACCCAUGGUGCAAAUUUUGGAACUUCUGGAUAAAACUCGUAAUUUUCUUAAAUCAUCAUUAAACUUCGCGGAUGGCUCACCGUCAGUCGACGUUGAUAAUGAUCCGUCGAUCGAUGUUUUCUUCAAUAAUCGACUCCGCCUUCAUGUUUUCAGCAAUGCUUUCAUAAAAGCUCCAAUUGCCCCAAAAUCACCACUUUACUCCAAUAGGUACAUGAACAUGUAAGUACUCUAAAAAGACUCCAAAAUGCAUAUAAAAAACUUUAACAACAUAUAUAAACCAUGGGUAAAAGUGGGUGAAAUCCAUGUCAUAUCAAAUAGAGACAUUUUUGUUUUGGAAACAACAAGACCAUUUUUCUCGUAACAUAAGAAAAUGUCUGACAUUUUUGAAAUGUUCAUCAAGAGAAUUUGAAAAUAUUAGUAUAUCAUCAGUGUAGAAAAUGAAAAAUUUGACUAUUCAGAUAAUAUAUGGUUGACAAAAAAAAUCAGAUAAUAUUAUUCAUGUUUUUUUUUAAACUGAGAAUGUGAGUUUUUAAAAAGAAAAUUCCAUAAAAAUAUUCCAACUAAAUUUCAUUAUGCUUUUUAAUAACCAAAUUUUUUGGUACCCAUUUUAGUACCCCCUACUAAUUAUUUAGUUCAUUUUAAUAGAUCAAAUUUUAUAAUUGUUCCCCUUUUAAUACCCAAACUUUGUUUAUUUUAAGUAAAAAUAUAAUAAGUUUUAAACAAAAUUAAAAAACACUCCAAAAUCUAAGAAUUGUUUUUUAAGCUCUAAUGUUUUUUGAUGAUUAAGUUCUAAUUUUUUUUUAAGAUUUAGGAAAUAAGGUAAAUAAAUCAAGGAGAAAAUUUCAAAAAAAUUUAAAGCUUAAUUUUUGAAGAAACAAUUUUUUUUUCUAUUCAGAAAACAAACUAAAUUCAAUAUUUAAAACCUAAAAACUUAUUACAAAAUUUAAGAUUAUAAAAAAUUUAGUCACUUUAUUUCUUAAACAGAAAGAAAUAGAAUUUUCUGAGAAUGUUUUAAAGAUUUUUGAAAGAUUUUAAAUUUCGUUUGAAACUUAUUAUUAUUUUUAAUUAAAAAUUAAAAGUUAGGUUAUUAAAAGGGGCACAGUUUUAAAAGUUUGUGUUUUAAAAUGAACAAAAUAAUUAUUUGGGGUAUUAAACUGGGUAACAAAAAAUUUUGGGUAUUAAAAAGCUUAACAAAAUUUAGUUAGGAUAUAUGAACUUUUCCCUUUUUAAAACCAAAAGACAUUAGAUUAUAUUGAUACUGUCCAACAGGGACUUUAACUGCACUUUUAUAACAAUCAUUUUCAGAUAUGUGAAUUUUCCAAAAUCCUAAUUUGAGACCAAACUUUGAAAAUCUGUGGGUAGAGUACAGUCUUUGAAGUAAAUAUGUUUAUUUAGUAUUGGAUAUCUAAUCCAUUUAAAAGCUGUGUUUAAAGAUCUGUAAUUAAUUACUAAACUUGGGUUCCUCUUUCAAUUUUUAAAUUUUUAUUUACAUUAAAAGCAGCACAAAACCAAAGAAAUCUUUAUUUUGAAAUUAAUCAUUUAUCUAGAUGAUCAGAAAUUUAUUUUCUACAAUGUUUUUCUAAUUCUGAAUUCAUUAAAAUUGGAAAAGCUUUUGUGGGAAUAGCAUUUGCAAGAAAGUUUUCAUCAAAAGCUAAACCAACAAUACGUUGUUUUCGAUUCCACAAAACUAGUUGAUAUAUCUGAACAAAUUUAUUGCUCAAAUAGUUUAUUUUAGUUUUUUUUAAAUGUCUUUUGUAUUUAAAUUUUCUAUGGUCUUCUGAAGUAAAAUUUCUAAUUUUAAAUUUUCUAAAUAGAAGGUUUUACUAUGAAUUAUAAAUUUUCGAAAGUUUUCUUGUAUCAAACAAGCUUUUAUCAUAUUUAGACUUUGCUUCUUUGGUGUUUCAUUAAAUUUAAAAUAUAUUUUUUAUAUUUGAUUUUUAAAGGAAUUUGCAUCAUUUAUAACUUUAUAUGGUGUAAUCCAAUUUAUAAAUUGUGUUCCUAAAAUAAUAUUCUUCCAGAUUCCAUCAAUAAAAACAUCAUCUUGUAUUUCUAGAGGUUGUGUUCUUCGUAUAGAUAUAGAUACACAAUAUCUUUGAAAUUUUACCAUCCAAAUUCAACAUAUCCAAACUUUUAAAAUCCCUUAUAUAUUAAUUGAGAAACAUUACAAUAUUGUUUUGUAGCCACGUGUCACCAUGAGAACGAAAUUCAGAAUUCUUAGAGAAAUAGGUUAGUCCAUCUUAACUUAUAUUAUACUUUUUAGUAAACUAACUAUUAAAUUAAUAAAUAGUGUACAAAAGAAUAUUUCCGCACUUUCCUUAAAUAAAGCUACGAAAUUGUCUAAUAUGGUUAACGUAUAAAUGAUAAUUAAUGAUUAUGAAUAAUAAAUAUUUGAUAAUAAUUUUUGUAUCUUAGCUCUUUUUUGUUUGAUUUUAUAUUAUUAAAAUAUAUUAAACAAUCACAUUAACCAUAUAAU